ACAAGAAUCUUCUUCUUCUUCUUCGUCGACAAUAACGGAGCAUUGCUCGGACAAUAAUGUGUAGGUCAACGGAUUUCCCCCACCUCCGCCCCUCCUCCGCCGGCGACCGCCUCGACCUCGAGGCCUUCUGCGUCCGCUUCUCGUCCCCCCGAUGCACGCCCGUGCCGGACCCGUUCCCCGAAUCCCUCACCCUUCUCUACCUCCCCAGCAUCGCCGGGCACGCCCUUGAGAUCGACGGCUCCAAGGUCCGCCCCGACCGGCCCACCUUCCUCACCCUCCACCGCGUCGUCACCGCCCGAGGCCGCAGCGGCGACGUCGUCUAUGGCUCCCGGGACCGCGUCCGGGCCGGGCCGGGCCUCCGGUUCGAGGUGUACCUGGGCGAGGAGAAGGCGCUGAAGGGGAGCUUCCGGAGGGACGAGGGGCAGGAAUGGAGACUGGAGUGCGCGUGCGCGCUGGAGAGGGAGAUCCUGGCGGGCGCUGACGCGGAUGCCAGGUGGGUGUCAGAGGUCUGCGUGGCGGCAGAGGGACACGUGGCGAUGUGCGAGAGGGUUGAGAUGGUGGCGAGGAAGAGGAGCAGGAAGAGCAACAGAGGGUUUUACGGGCUGGAGGACAUUCCGGAGGAGAGAGAAUCGGAUAGUGAAUCGGACGGCGGCCGCCGCUGCUGCUGCUGCGAGGGGGAGUGCGGAUCGGAGGGACGGGAGGAGGAGGAGGAGGAGGAGGGGGCGGACGGCGAGGAUUGGGAAGUGAACACGGAGGGGGUGAGGUGGGCCGUCGACGUCGGGAUAUGGGUGGCGUGUCUCGGCGUGGGCUACUUGGUGUCCAAGGCUUCCGCUAAGAGCCUCAGGCGCAGGAGAUUGCUCAGAUGAAGAUUGGACUUGGCAGGAGCUUUAUUUUAUUUUUCUUAAUAAUUAUUGUAAAUUGAUCUGAUACCACCACUUCAAUUUCCUCAUCUUGCAAUUGAUGUGGAAAGUCCCAAUUUUGGCAUGCUCGAUUUCUUGUAUCAAUAGCUAGAAAAUGAGGGAGAGAUGAUGAAACUCACGCUGCAAAUCUCUACUUGUCUCCUCCAGAAAAUCAAUGUAGCUUUCACCA